GAAACAUAAACAUUUAUAUCGAUAUCCAUUUCAAUUACAUCUCCUUCCUUAAUUUUGUUGUGCCUUUUAAACGCGAAACAAUGUCUCGAGCAAGUGAAUUGAUAUUUAAAACAAGAAAAACAUCCGGAAAAAUAUCUGAAAAUGUACAUAUAUUCGCAAAUGACCCCUCACUAGCUUUUUUUCGAGUUCAGGAACACGUGCGGAAAGUAUUACCAGCGAUAUAUGAAAAACGUGAAGAAGUGUUCCAGUUGCAAAAAAAUCUUCAGGGACAUUGCUAUGACAUGGAAUAUGGAGUAGAAGCACUAAAAACAAUAGAAAAGUCGGAGCCCUUAUUUUCCAAUGUACAAGCAAUAUUAAAAACUUCAAUUUUUUUAAAGCAACAGCUUGCUACCGAAGAAAACAGGAUGAAAAUAAUAAAAGAAAGCAUUAAAUCCUCGGUAUACAAGAGAUUUUCAGCGCACCUUGCACUAGAUCUUCCCGAAUUGCCUGACUUUAGUGGUGUAAUACGGGACACAAGUCAACGAAUUGAAAAUAAAAUUGGUCCUGCUAAUGGUCGCGGUGAUGCACAAAGUUUUCAAUCUAACUUAGGAGAACUCCAAAGGUCCUAUACCACAUUACACUAAUUCUUUACUGAUGAUAAAAUAUCUAAUUUAAAACUUAAAAUAAAAACUUAAAAUAAAA